AUGACUAAUGUUUCCAAUCUUGCUUCCAUUAAAGAACACCUUCUUCUUUUUUGUUGUUGUUGUUUUCAUUUCUACAGGGGCUCUGCAGUUGCCAAAAUAAUAGGAAAUAAUGUAAAAAAUAUGCAGAAGUUUGCCUCCACAGUGAAAAUGUGGGUCUUUGAAGAAAAUAUUAAUGGAAGAAAACUGACAGAUAUCAUAAAUAAUGAACAUGAAAAUGUAAAAUAUCUCCCUGGAUACAAGCUUCCAGAAAAUGUGAUUGCUAUUCCAAACCUUAACGAAGCUGUGCAAGAUGCAGACUUGUUGGUCUUUGUCAUUCCUCAUCAGUUUAUUCAUAAGAUCUGUGAUGACAUCACAGGACGGGUACCAAAGAAAGCAGUUGGGAUAACUCUCAUCAAGGGAAUAGAUGAAGGCCCAGAGGGACUCAAAUUGAUUUCUGACAUUAUUCGAGAGAAAAUGGGAAUAGACAUCAGUGUACUGAUGGGAGCAAACAUUGCCAACGAGGUAGCAGCAGAGAAGUUCUGUGAAACCACAAUAGGCAGUAAAAUCCUGGAGAAUGGCCUUCUCUUCAAAGAACUCCUGCAGACGCCAAACUUCAGAAUAACUGUAGUAGAUGAUGCAGAUACUGUUGAGCUUUGUGGUGCUCUUAAGAACAUUGUGGCAGUAGGAGCUGGAUUUUGUGAUGGCCUUCGCUGUGGUGAUAAUACCAAAGCUGCUGUUAUUCGACUUGGCCUAAUGGAGAUGAUUGCAUUUGCAAAAAUCUUUUGCAAGGGACAAGUGUCUACUGCCACUUUCCUGGAGAGUUGUGGAGUUGCUGAUCUGAUCACAACGUGUUAUGGUGGCCGCAAUCGGAGGGUGGCUGAAGCAUUUGUUAAAACUGGGAAGUCAAUUGAAGAACUGGAGCAAGAAAUGCUAAAUGGUCAGAAGUUGCAGGGGCCACAGACUUCUGCAGAAGUCUAUCGUAUCCUGAAGCAGAAAGGAAUGGUGAAUAAGUUUCCACUGUUUACUGCCGUGUAUCAAAUCUGCUAUGAAGGGAAACCUGUCCAAGACAUGAUAUCCUGCCUUCAGAGUCAUCCAGAGCAUAUGUGAAAUGAAUUGUGCAAUUGUACUAAUGCAGCUUCUGCCUUUCAAAUUCAUAUUUGGGUUCAAGUGGAUGUAACAAUAAGCUUCAUAAGAAUCUGUACAUUAGGCAACCUUAGCAACAUGAAUGUAUAUGAAUUUCUACAGGUGGUUGUUUUUUUUUACACAACUUAGUGGUAGUGUAGUGUUGGAUUGGUGGCUGUCAUUUUACUAGCUAAAAUGCAGAUGUUUUUAAGAUACACAAUUCAAAACUUGCACUAUCUAUCUUUGUCUGUAUCUAUCUAUCUCUAUCUACGUUUGCAUUCUGUUUGUGUUUCUACAGUACAAGACAAACAAUAUUUAGUAAUCUUUCAUUCUAAAAUUCCUCUCAUAUUAAAGACCCAAUCCAGUGCACACUAGAGACCAGGGGUGGGCAGGUUCAUAGGCAGGGGAAGGUAUUGCCAAAUUGCCAGGCAUGGCCCCGUCCCCAGAACACCUAAUGUAGGUGUACUGGGGGCAGAGUGUUGCUUGCUUCCCCCAGCCCUACCUUCACCCACUGUCCAUGCUAGAGACAAUGGAAGGAAUCCCAUUGGCUUCACUGGGAAUUGGCUUGAGCCCUGAUUAGCCCCA